UCCCGUCCCAGUCAGGCGUGUGUUUGGGCCUUCUCUGGACGCCCCUCUCGCCUCCUCAAGCGCGCCGCACCACUCAUGAAGGGGUCGCCGCACCUACCCGGGCUCGCCUGGUGGGGAAAGACAGACACCGGGCACCUCGCGAUCCUUGUCUUGCUGCUGGUUGGACACGCGGCAGCGAUGACCUACAAGAACCAGACGUGUUACUGCGUGACCGGGCAGGACAGCACCAUCAGGUCGGCCAUCGCUAACUUCACGGAGCCCCCAGAGGUGUCGAGGUUUGAGUACGUCGGCGCCAAGUACAACGCAACCAACAAUCACUUCGACCCUUGUGUGUGUACUGACGUGGUGCGCGUGGUGACCGAGCUGGCGGUGACGGAGCAGUAUGUCCUCCAGAUGGCAGAGGACAACUCCACAGUUUAUGCAGUGAACGACAACGUUACCCGAGCGCUGGAUGAUCUCGCCGAGGCCACCUUUCAGAACAACAGUCUCCUGAAGUAUAACUACCACAGCGCCUUUGCCGAAUAUAAGGAAACAAACAACUCGAGGGCUCUCUUCUCCGUGGAGUUUGUUGUUAAAGGAAGCGAUUACAAUAUCAAGGACAAGGUGGCGCAGGUGAUGCGGGACGCCGUGGCCUCGAACACAUUGGCCGGGGUGGGCGACAUCGACAACUUCACCAUGCCAUUUUCGCUAAGGACUUGCCCACAAGAUCCCGGCCCCGCGCCUGCCAACACACAGGUCACCCGCACCAGUAAGGUGGCCGGAACCGCUGUCACCUACUCCUGCAAACCUGGUUUCAUGGUAAGAACAGGUGAAGCCAGCAAGGCACAGUCCACAUGUGUUCACGAAAAUCUCACCUGGUCGUCACCCAGCCCUGCCAUCACCUGUGUGGAGGAUAUGCGGUGCCAUGGAAGGCCUCCCAGCUUUACAAACACCAUUCAAAGGUGGAGCGGCAAGAUAGAGGAAGGCACAGAGGUCAUCUACUUUUGCAACAUUUUAUACAAAACCAUGACAAAUAAUUCAGCCACAUAUCAAUGUCAGAACAAAACUUGGACUCGUAUGUCAUCUGCUGUCAACUGUCAACUGCCCACCUGUGGGGACCCACCACAAGUCCCUGACCACGGGGUGCUCUCCUACAUUGCUCGAGACGAGAUAGUUUAUCACUGUGACACAUAUGCCAUACGUUCAGGUGUAGAUGCUCAACAAAAGAUCACUUGUGAAAAUGGUACAUGGGAGGAAUUACCCGAAACCUUCACAUGCUAUGGAAGCGAUGUUUAUGAUACCCAUCAAGAGUGGGAAAAUUUUUUGCACAUCACUCUGCCAGUGUCAUUAGUCAUGGUGUUCGUGGUCAUCCUGUGUCUGCUCUGUACCCGCACAGACUCCCCUGUCUGUCAGAUAUGUAAUGGAGGUCAAAAGGAAGUGAUGUAGCCUUAGCUGAAUCAUUUGUUUUGUGAACAUAAAGAUGUCUGAGACUUGAAGAAUUAAGAACACAUCUGUAUUCCGCUGCAUAUCAUUGGAGAUGAGAUAAAGGGACAUAGCUGUCAUGAUACAGGGGGUUGACAUGAGGAAUAGGCUACCCCCCCCUUCACAUCCAAAAGAAUGGUCACAUGGCAUUUUGAUUUAAUUUUGCCUCAGUGGGGAAAUGAGAUCACUGACAACAUGACUGCAAAUGUGUGCAUGCACCUACCCACACACAAAUAAAAAAUAUAUACCAACCUGUAUAUAUAUAUUUAAAGUUAAUCAAUGAAGUAAGGGCAUUAGCUGUAUAUUAAUGGUCACUUAUUGAUGUUCUCUUUAAUUAUUCAGUUAUUAUACAUAUAUAAACACUGCAAUGUCAAUGACCAACCAUUUUGUACAUUGUAA